UCCGCCAUGGCGGCGCCGCUGCGCGUGCUGGCGUGUGGCGACGUGGAGGGGCGGCUGGAUGCGAUCUUCGGGCGGGUCCGCGCCGUCCAGGCCAAGAGCGGCCGCUUCGACAUGCUCCUGUGUGUCGGGAAUUUCUUCGGCUCUUCCUCGGAGGCAGAAUGGGCCGAGUACCGCACGGGGGCCAAGAAAGCUCCAAUCCCAACCUACGUGCUGGGUGCCAACAACCAGGACACCCUGAGCUAUUUUCCAGACGUCAGUGGCUGUGAGCUGGCUGAGAACAUCACUUACCUGGGCCGGCGGGGCGUGUUCAGCGGCUGCUCGGGGCUGCACAUCGCGUACCUGAGCGGCACGGAGGCGCAGGAGCAGCCGGCUCCCGCCCACAGCUUCAGUGCCAAGGACGUGGCAGAGCUCAAAACAUCCCUGCUAUCCACCCCAAACUUCAGAGGAGUGGACAUCCUGCUGACCUCCUGGCCCAGAGACGUGGGCACCUUUGCCAACAGCGCGGGAGAAAUAGACACCAAGAAAUGUGGCUCCAAGUUGGUAUCAGAUCUGGCUGCAAGUCUCAAACCAAGGUACCAUUUUGCUGCCCUGGAGAAGGCCUAUUACGAAAGACUUCCUUACAGAAAUCACACAGUGCUACAGGAGACCCCACAGCACGUGACCAGGUUCAUUGCACUUGCUGAUGUUGGCAAUACAAGCAAGAAAAAGUACCUCUAUGCCUUCAGCAUCGUGCCCAUGAGCUCCAUGGAUCCCGUGGAGCUGGUGAAGCAGCCGCAGGACGUCACCGAAAAUCCCUACCGGAAACUGCGCAAGGAGGCCGCCAAGGCCAAGGCAGAGGAAGAACCAGCUUGUCAGUUUUUCUUUGACUUGAACAAGCAUCAGGGAAAGAAACGUCCCUUAGAUGGGAAACAGGGAGGGGACUCCCAACCCAAGCAAGCCAAGAAACCCCCACAGCCCACGGGGCCCUGCUGGUUCUGCCUGGCCAGCCCAGAGGUGGAGAAGCACCUGGUCGUCAGUAUCGGCACACACUGCUACCUUGCCCUGGCCAAAGGGGGCUUGUUGCCUGACCAUGUCCUGAUUUUGCCUAUUGGGCACUAUCAGUCAGUGGUGGACUUGUCCUCAGAGGUGCUGGAAGAAGUGACCAAGUACAAGGCUGCCCUAAAGGAGUUUUUCAGAAGCAAGGGAAAGAGAUAUGUCCUGUUUGAAAGAAACUAUAGGAGUCAGCAUCUGCAGCUACAGGUGAUCCCUGUCCCACUGGACCUCUGCACUUCUGAAGACAUUAAAGAGUCUUUUAUUACACAAGCACAGGAACAACAGAUUGAAUUGUUAGAAAUCCCAGAGCACUCGGAUAUCACGCAAGUGGCACAGCCGGGGAUGCCGUACUUCUACGUGGAGCUGGACACGGGGGAGAAGCUGUUCCACCGCAUCCGCGGGCGGUUCCCGCUGCAGUUCGGCAGGGCGGUGCUGGCGAGCGCGGCGCUGUUGGCGCUGCCGGAGCGGGCGGACUGGCGGCAGUGCGCGGCCCCGCGGCCCGAGGAGGCGGCGCAGGCCCGCGCCUUCCGCCGCGACUUCCAGCCCUUCGACUUCUCCCUCCGGGACUGA